AUGUGCUCUGGAACAUGUUCCCGUUGCAUCGGCGUUUCUCUGUACCCGCUGGUGCUCAUAUCCAUCAUCUGUAACAUAGUGCUGUUCUUUCCUGGCGGGGAGGUCAAGUAUGCCACAGAUGGACACAUUACUCAGGAGGUGCUAUACAUGGGGGGACUUAUUGGAGGAGGUUUCAUGGUGUUGAUUCCAGCAAUUUACAUCAACUUGACUGCGGAUAACGGGUGCUGUGGAAUCCGCUUUGGGAUGUUCUUAUCGAUCCUAUUUGCAGCUACGGGGGUGGCCGGUGGCCUGUACAGUUUCAUUGUGGCGGCGCUCGGUGUGAAUUAUGGGCCCCUCUGCAAAGAUGGUGAGAUUUGGACAACACCUUUUAAAAACAGUAAUUCCACCUACCUGACGGACUCAAAGUCAUGGGGAGUCUGCACGGAGCCCAAGAACGUGGUGCAGUUCAACAUUGGAUUGUUCUUCGCCCUGAUGUUGACCAGCGGCCUGCAGGUGUUGCUCUGUGCCAUUCAGAUGAUCAACGGCCUCUUCGGCUGCCUGUGCGGAGCCUGCAACAACAAAGAGGUCAAGAGCCAUGUCGUUAAGAAUCAUAAGCUCCAGGUCCGGAUGGCGAAGAUGCAAUCAUGUCACUUCUGA